GGUACCAAACCAGUGAGUGGGUAUAACAGGAAGGAGCCUGCAUGCUAGCUUUGCUGUAGUAAGAACAAAUGGAAAUGUUUUGCUUAUCUUAUCAAUCUUUGAUAUGAUACUACAAAACGAAGAUGUCUGGCUUCAGUCCUGAACUUAUUGAUUACCUGGAAGGUAAAAUUUCCUUUGAAGAGUUUGAGAAGCGUCGAGAGGAAAGACAAGCAAAUGAGAAAAAGGAUGCUUCAAAAACUUCAACAGAAAUAACUGAAUGUGAUGAAGAAGAUCCCAUUAUUCCAUCCACAUCAGGCAUUAGCCAUGAAAAGCGCAGAAUACACAGUGAGGAUGAAGGGCAUACAUCUGAUGGUGUUAGCAAAUCUGUUCAUCGUGCAUUUGCUUCAAUGAUUGGAGAAGAUGAAAGGGAGAAGGAGGAGGAGGAGGAGGAGGAGGAGGAGGAGGAGGAGGACGACGACGACGACGAUGAUGAGGAAGAUGAUGAUGCAGAAGAUAAUCCAGAACAACCGUCUGCAGGAGAUGUGUUUGCCUUGGAGAUGGAACUUAAUCGUGAAAACAAAAAGAUGAUGAAAGAAAAAAGACCUCGCAGUAAACUUCCUAAAGCAUUGCGAGGCCUGAUGGGAGAAGCCAAUAUUCGAUUUGCUAGAGGAGAGGGAGAAGAAGCCAUAUUGAUGUGCAUGGAAAUCAUAAGGCAAGCACCGCUUGCUUAUGAACCUUUCUCGACUCUUGCAAUGAUCUACGAGGAUCAAGGGGAUAUGGAGAAAUCACUGCAGUUUGAGCUGAUUGCUGCUCAUCUAAACCCCAGUGAUACUGAAGAAUGGGUUAGGCUAGCGGAAAUGUCUUUGGAACAAGAUAAUAUUAAACAAGCAAUAUUUUGCUACUCUAAAGCACUCAAAUAUAAUCCUGCAAAUGUUCGUUAUUUGUGGGAGAGAUCAAGCUUGUAUGAACAGGUGGGAGAACACAAGCUGGCGAUGGAUGGAUAUCGACGGAUUCUAAACCUUUUGUCUCCUUCUGAUGGUGAACGCUUCAUGCAGCUGACAAGAGAUAUGGCUAAGACGUAUUUUGAAACAAAUGAUGUUUUAUCUGCCAUUGGUAUUAUUGAGGAAGCCUUCUCUAAACAUCAAAGCCUUGUUGCAAUAGAAGAUGUCAACAUCGCUGCUGAGCUUUACAUCUCUAACAAGCAGUUUGACAAAGCACUUGAGGUUAUAACACAGUUUUCUGGAAUUACCCUUAAAAAAGAAAAUGACAGUUCACAAGAAAACGGCGUUGCUGUAUGUCAUAUCCCAGAUGGAGGUCCCAUAGACAUUACAGUCAAAAUGAUGCUCUGUCUGAUUCAUCUUAAUAUUCUUGAGCCAGUUAAUCCCAUGUUAACUACCCUAAUGGAGCAGAAUCCUGAAGAAAUGGGGGACUUAUAUCUAGAUGUUGCCGAAGCUUUUAUUGAUGUUGGUGAAUAUAAUUCUGCAUUACCUCUCCUGAGUGCUUUGGUUUGCUCUGAAAAAUAUAACCUAGCAGUUGUAUGGCUAAGACAUGCAGAUUGUUUAAAAGCCUUGGGACAUAUGGAACAAGCAGCAGAGAGUUAUAGCAAGGUUGUAGAAAUGGCUCCUUUGCAUUUAGAUGCCAGAAUAUCACUCUCUACUCUACAACAGCAACUUGGCCAGCCUGAGAAAGCACUAGAAGCAUUAGAACCAAUGUAUGAUCCAGAUACUUUGGCACAAGAUGCAAAUGCUGCUCAACAGGAACUUAAAUUACUGCUUCACCGAUCAACUCUUCUUUACUCUCAAGGCAAAAUGUAUUAUUAUAUUGACACAUUACUCACUAUGCUUGUCAUGCUCUUAAAAAUUGCAAUGAACAGAGCCCAGGUGUGUUUAAUUUCCAGUUCAAAAUCUGGAGAGAGGCACUUAUACCUUAUCAAAGUUUCUAGAGAUAAAAUUUCAGACAAUGAUGAUCAAGACUCCGCGAAUUGUGAUGCAAAAGCAAUUUUUGCUAUUCUUACAAGUGUAUUGUCCAAGGAUGACUGGUGGAAUCUCCUACUGAAAGCGAUUUAUGCCUUGUGUGACCUAGGCCGAUACAAAGAAGGAGAGUUGCUUGUGGAUUCAUCUUUAGAGUAUUAUUCAUUUUAUGAUGAUCGGCAAAAACGGAAGGAGUUAGAGUAUUUUGGACUUUCAGCUGCCAUACUUGACAAGAACUUUAGGAAAGCUUACAACUACAUAAGAAUAAUGUUAAUGGAAAAUGUAAACAAACCUCAGCUUUGGAAUAUCUUCAAUCAAGUCACAAUGCACUCUCAAGACGUAAGGCAUCACCGAUUUUGUCUAAGACUGAUGCUUAAAAACCCUGAUAAUCUUGCUUUGUGUGUUCUUAGUGGCCACAAUGCAUUUGUAUCUGGAAGCUUCAAACAUGCCCUUGCUCAGUAUGUACAAGCCUUUCGAAUGCAAUCAGAUGAUCCUCUGCAUUCCCUUUGUAUUGGACUGACAUUCGUUCAUAUGGCAUCACAGAAGUUUGUGUUAAAGAGGCAUGCUCUGUUAGUACAGGGAUUUUCAUUCCUUAACAAAUACUUAGACUUUCGUGGUCCUUGCCAGGAAACCUUCUACAACCUUGGUCGUGCGUUGCACCAAAUGGGCUUAACUCAUUUGUCAAUUCACUAUUACCAGAAAGCCCUUGAGCUCCCACCACUUCAACUGGAGGGAAUUGAAGAGGAUCAAGUGGACCUUCGGAGAGACAUUGCAUUUAAUUUAUCGCUAAUUUAUCAAAGCAGUGGAAAUAUACAAAUGGCUCGCAGACUGCUGUCACUUUACUGCGUCAUAUGAACAUUUCUCAUUUUUUAAAUUUAAUUUAGUUCCUAAAAUAGGGGUAGGCAACCUUCGUCACUCCAGAUGUUGUGAUCGACAUUUCCCAUAAUGCUCUCACAGCCUUAUGCUGGCAAAGCAUCAGGGGAAAUGUAGUCCACAACAUCUUGAGCACUAAAAUAUUCUUUUAAAAGAACAAUGAUGGCAUGUGUUCUGUUUAAACAUUCACCAAACCAAUAAAUGUUGUUGUAUACAAUGCGCAAA